AUGAGUUCAGUGGAACAGGCCCCAAGAACAGAUUCCAGUCUUGAAAUUGCCUCUGCUGCAAAUGAUAAACUUCCAGAUUCUAAAAUUUGUUUCUGCUAUGAAAGGAUAUUCUGUAUACAGCAAGCAAAAGUAGAUCAUAGUGAAAAUGAAAAUGAAGAGAUCGCAGUGCCUCGGUGCCAUUUUUUAAUCCCACUAAGGCUGCUUCCCUUUAUCCUUGCUUUAUUUCUCACUUUAAUCAUAGCAACAGCCAUUGCCUUGAGUGUUUAUUUCAAUUGCAACGGGAGGUUUCAGUGCAGAUCUUCCUUUAAAUGUAUUGAUCAAACAGCAAGAUGUGAUGGCGUCUUCAAUUGCAAAGAUGGAGAAGAUGAGUACAGAUGUGUCAGGCUGAGUGGCAAAAGGGCUGUGCUGCAGGUGUUCAGUUUUGGAACCUGGCGGACUGUGUGUUCCAAUGGCUGGAAAGAAAACUAUGGGAAUGUUACAUGUAAAUACCUAGGAUUUUCAAGUUUUGUAAGCUCAUCUAGCUUUCCAAUAGCUGCCAUUGAGAAUGAGUUCCAGAAAUAUUUUGUUACUGCAAAUCGGUGGUUAUCAGCUGAUCAGCUAACAUCACCACAGAAUGCUACUGAUUUACGAGAAGAAUGUAUUUCAGGCAAUGUAAUUGUCUUAAAAUGUUUAGCAUGUGGUACCAGGACCAGGUACUCCCCACGUAUUGUUGGUGGAAAUGUAUCCCUGCUCCAGCAAUGGCCAUGGCAAGCCAGCCUUCAGUUUCAAGGAUAUCACUUGUGUGGGGGGUCAGUCAUCACUCGUCGGUGGAUUGUUACAGCAGCCCAUUGUGUUUAUGAUUUGUACCUACCAGAAGCAUGGAGUGUUCAUGUGGGUUUAGUAAUCCUGGAAGAAAGUCCUGUUAACCCACACGUAGUGGACAAAAUUAUAUACCAUAAAAAUUAUAAGCCUAAAACAAUGAAGAAUGAUAUAGCAUUGAUUAAGCUGGCUACUCCACUUGCACUAAAUGGUCUUAUAGAGCCAAUUUGCCUUCCUAAUUUUGGAGAACAUUUUCCAGAAGGAAAAAUGUGUUGGAUAUCAGGAUGGGGAGCGACAGAAGAAGGAGGUGAUACUUCUGAAACCAUGAAAUAUGCCAGUGUCCCUCUAAUUUCUAACCAAGUAUGCAAUCGUGGAGAAGUCUAUGGAGGAACUGUAGCAUCGUCAAUGCUCUGUGCAGGUUUUUUAAAAGGAGGCAUAGACACCUGUCAGGGAGACAGUGGGGGGCCACUGGCAUGCAAAGAUAUGAAUACCUGGAAGUUGGUGGGAACAACCAGCUUUGGGCUGGGCUGUGCAGAAGAAAACAAACCUGGAGUCUACAGUCGCAUCACCUCAUUUCUGGAUUGGAUACAUGAACAAAUGGAGGUUUACUCUCUCAUGGUUUCUUUUCCAGGCCUAGGCGCAUUAGAGAAGAAUGGAAGGGAGACGGUUAGCAUCAUCACCAUCACCAUGCAUUCAUCAAAAUGCUCUACAAUUAAUUUUCAGCUUUGA